ACGUCACACGCAACGCCCCGCCCGCGGCCAUGCGUACUGAGCUUGUUAUCGGGUCGCUUGUUAUGACUGGAGAAGGCCUCGGACUCAAUUAAAACUUACCCCCCCGUCGCUGCCCCGGGACAGCCGCGUGCUCAUGGAGGGCAUGGACAUAGACUUGGAUCCGGAGCUCAUGCAGAAGUUCAGCUGCAUGGGCACCACGGAUAAAGAUGUCCUCAUCUCGGAGUUCCAGAGGCUGCUGGGCUUCCAGCUCAACCCGGCUGGCUGCGCCUUCUUCCUGGACAUGACCAACUGGAACCUUCAAGCGGCUAUAGGUGCGUAUUAUGACUUUGAGAGUCCCAACAUCAACACGCCGUCGAUGUCUUUUGUGGAAGACGUGACGAUUGGAGAAGGAGAGUCGGUCCCUCCUGACACACAGUUCACGAAAACAUGGAGGAUACAAAACACGGGUCCAGAGUCGUGGCCUCCGGGUGUGAGUCUGAAGUACAUCGGAGGAGAUCAGUUUGGUCACGUGAACAUGGUGAUGGUGCGCUCUCUGGAGCCUCAGGAGAUCUCUGAAGUCAGCGUGCAGAUGCGCAGUCCAGCCGUUCCCGGCAUGUAUCAGGGUCAGUGGAGAAUGUGCACGGCCACUGGACUCUUCUACGGAGAUGUGAUCUGGGUGAUAUUGAGUGUGGAGGAGGGUGGUCUGCUGGGGGUCACGCAGCAAUUAUCCUCCUUUGAGACAGAGUUUAACACGCAGCCACACCGCAACCUGGAGGGAGAUUUCAACCCCUUCGCAUCACCGCAGAAGAACAAGCAGGACACCAAUGAGGAUCAUCUAAAAGACCCCGGGGGCCCCUGGGACGCCCCCCUGGACUCCAUUCAGCAAGAUCAAAAUGGACUCACUCACAGCUCUGUAAAUAUUACACCAAAUGGUCUCCAAAACAACUUAUCAGUAGUGACGUACAGCCAGGGCAUUCACGGACCCUUCCCAUUUGGACAGUCAUAAGAAACAGAAAGCACCCGGAAGCUCAUCUGAGCUGCUACUUUUGCCCUUUUUCUGGGGUUCGGUGUGAGGGGGAGCAGAUUUAUUCUUAAGACUUGCUGAGGCCCCCCUCCACCCCCCCAAAACGCAUCACAACAUCACCUGAAAGUGUGGACAGAUGGGUUUGGCUCCAGAUCAAUAUUCACCUGAGUUACGCAUGUGUGAAUGCUAGAUUUAGACGAGUGCUAGAAAUGCUAAAGUGAUAUAAUGAAAUAUUACACACCGUUUUUGAUCUGUAUCGUCACGUUACAGUGGGAAAUUCUGAAGUGUGUGAAGAGAGAGAGAGAGAGAGAGAGAGAGAGAGAGAGAGGUGAGGUGGAUCAACGGGUGAAUGAAUAGAUGAAUCAUUGAUUCUCGUGAAAACAUGUUUGGGUGACAUUUCAAAUCAAAAUCACACGUUGGAAAUUAUGUUUUGCAUCACUGAAAUGAAGGCCAGGUUCUUUUUGAAUAGUAACAUCAUUUUAAAGACAAUUGCCAUAAAAACACAUUAUAUUAAAGACAAACACAAACACUACAAUAUGCAGAUACGUUUGAAAUUAUAUAUGAAGUUUAAACUGUGUAAUUAACAUUGAAAGGCUCUCAUAUAGUCCUGUUUUUAUGCAAAAUAUAAUUUCGUGUCUUUCUGGUCUUGGGGUGAAAUGACCAGGACGUGUUUUCUGAGUUUCAAUAGAACACGUGUGCGAUGUGAGAAUGUUUCGACCAUGCGCAAAAGCCAUCAACAGAGAAAAAAAUGCCCGUUCUGUAUUAUUGACAUUAAUCUUCUUUUACUUUGAAAACAGAAUUCAAAAACAGCCCAUGAUGAUACACGUUUAACUCUGAACGCAGUACUGCCGUCACCGCUGUGCUCAGGAUCUCGUUGCUGUUAUAUUUGUUUACAUCUCUGUUGUUCUGAUUUCAUUCUCGAUGGCAAAAUACUUUCAGCGAAAAUAGUUGACACGUCUUUGAUCGUCUGUUGAUGGCGUCACUAUGGAGACUAAAGACGGUAUUAAAGCUGUUUUAAAUGAACCCGAGGGGUUUUAAUGAAUGAGUCCAUUAAAGAAAUAUUUCAAGUUAAACUCUUUUGAUCUGUUUCGAUUUGUCCUGUCCUGUGAUUUCUAAAGGACAUGUUACAGUGCUUACAGUUUAAGAGACCAGUGCGCAUCAGUUGUUUCUCGGUAGAGAUUAACCUUGAGAUUUCGAUUCGCUUGAACGAUCCGUGAAUGUCACAGUAGUCGAGCCCUGUGCUCCAGAUAAUAUUUUAAUGCGUGAAGAAAGUUUGUUGAGUUUAUUUGGUUUGAAUCGUGCCUCUGUGUUUGGUGAUAUGAUGGAGCGCUUCUCUGGAUGUUUAUAUGGAAAUAUAUCUGAAAGGCCCGUGUGGCGUUUUACUGGUUGUUUUUUUUGUCUUUCUGCAUUGGUUAUAAAGCGUAAAAAUGAAAGAGAUGAUGAGCAAUUGCUUUCUGUUGUGUUUCUCUAUUGGUCAGUUUUAUUAAUGAGAGGAUGAGGGGUUGAAGGUGUUUAAUCAAAUUGUCUGGCGUCCUGAGGCAUAUGCAAAUCCACGACCUUCUUAUGUAAAGACAGAAGAGGAUGAUGUUAUCAUGUUGAAGGCGAUUCUUAUCAGAUGCACUGAAGCUUUAGCCACGAGCAGCGAUGUGUCCAGACGAUCAGACGUGUGAAUGAUCCGUGCCGUGUCCAUAUAUUCACUGCACUCACAAACACACGAGCCGUAAACAUUCUGAUGACACGCAAGGACAGAGACGAGUACUCACCUCAUCCGCAGAGUUGUGUUUGUGAAGUUUAAAAUCACAUGUGACCGGUGUGACUGAUUCAUUGUCUCUUUUCUGCUUCCUUUCUCUUUUUUUUUUGUUAUUCUGUUGGAUAUUCUGCAGUCGUGGCAUGGUGUAUGAUUGAGCUGAGAGUUUGCAUAGAGUCCUAUAACAGCACAUUGAAAGAGAAAAUAUGAAACGCCUUUUCCUGUAUGUAUAAUUGAACAUUUGUAUGAUUAAAUUAACACUGA